UGCGUGGCGGAAGUGCAGUGAGCAGUUUGCGCAGGCGGCGAUUCCAGGACACGCGUUGUGCACGUGAAACAUCUCGGCGGAUUUGUGUGUUUUAUCAGUCAGAUUCACCGCUUUGGGGGUUUAUAAGACUUUUUACAAAAAAAAAUUUAUACAUUCAGGCACGGCUGUGUGUCUGAAGUCAGUUCUUGGAAUCCUCGAAUAUAUCUGAGACGUUGGUUGGCCGCCAUCAUCAUGUUUCUGCAGUUUUACCUGAACGAGAACGGGGAGAGGGUGUACACUCUUAAGAAAUUUGACCCCUCAGGUCAGCCCACCAGCUCAGCUCAUCCGGCCCGCUUUUCCCCAGAUGACAAGUUCUCCAGGCACAGAGUGACGGUGAAGAAGCGCUUUGGACUGCUCCUCACCCAGCAGCCCAGGCCAGUGCUGUAAUGUCUGCUGUCGCUCAAAACGCCGGUGGAGCCCUCAUCCUUCGGCCUUUCGUCUCUUCCGUAAUGCUGCCUUGACACCUUUGGCGCCAUUUGACCCCUGACCCCGAAAAAUACCUUUCGUCAUUCUGAGAAACGGAAAAAGAGAGAUCAUGCGACGGCCUAGAACUGAUUUUGUUUUUACUGUUCUUCAGUUAUGCCACAUGUUAAAAGUAACUUUGAAAUGUGUUUGUUAAAAUAAAGAUGUGUGUUCUGCUAACUUACGGGGGGGAAA